AUGGAUCCUCUAUCCUCGGCGGCGAGCGUCAUCGCGGUCAUUCAACUAGCAGGAAGCAUCGCGAAGCUUUGCGGGGGCUAUAUUCAAGACGUGAAAGAUGCCCGAGACCAAAUUUUCAGCCUACAACAGGCGAUUACAGGCCUCCAAGGCACACUCCAAGAUCUGCAUAAACUGCUACAAGAUAAAGGCAGACCCUUACCUACCUCCUCACGACUAGUCAGCAACAUUGCCGAUUGUCUCUCCGACCUCGGAGCUUUGGAAGCCAAACUUGACCUAGGGAAGGCAAAGAAGCUAAUGAGCAAAGUGGGAUUUCGAACCUUGAAAUGGCCUCUAAAGCGCGCAGAGUUGGAAGGCGUUAUUCAAAGCCUGGAGAAAUAUAAGUCUUCAUUCAUUCUGUCUUUGCAGGUGGACCAAACCUCCCUGAUGGUUGGUGUGGCCGGAAAUACCGAUCGCAUCAAUCAAAAUCUGGACCUUGCGAAGUUGGAAGGCGUGAUGGAAGCAGGGUUUGAUUCAUUCUCCGAUCGAGACGAAGUCCAAUGUCUUCCAGGCACUAGGACCCAGCUCCUGUCGCAGAUAAUGGAAUGGGUUACGUCACCAUCCCAAAAAUGCAUUUUCUGGUUGAAAGGAAUGGCUGGAACAGGAAAAUCCACAAUAUCUCGCACUGUGGCACGAUCUCUCAAGGAUACAAACCACCUAGGCGCCAGCUUCUUCUUCAAAAGGGGUGAAGGUGACCGAGAGAACGCAAAAAAAUUCUUCCCGACACUAACUAGACAGCUCAUAUUCGGCAUUCCUGAGCUCAGACCUAGCGUGCAAGAGGCACUCGAUAAGGACCCUGAAAUUUUGUCAAAAUCGCUUAGGGAGCAGUUUGAGAAACUCCUCCUUCAACCCCUACUCAAUCUGGACCAAGUCGGCCGAGAACCUCAGACUCAGACCGUUAUAAUAGUGAUCGAUGCAUUGGACGAAUGUGAACACGAGCAAGAUGUCCGGAAUAUCAUUCGAUUACUACCCCUCUUACAAAAGGCCAAAGCGGUUUGCCUUCGAAUCUUUUUGACUAGCAGGCCUGAGCUCCCGAUCAGCCUCGGGUUUUCAGAGAUUGCGGAACGUGAAUAUCAGGAUCUAGCACUUCACGAGAUACCGGAGCAAGUGACAGAACACGAUAUACAUUUAUUCCUACAAGAUCGAUUUGCACAGAUCAACAAUAACAGAGGGAUUUAUCACGAUUGGCCCGGCGACGAUAUUAUCCAAAAAAAUCGUUAA